AUGGCAUUGGCCGAGUCGACGGGGGAUUUCUUCGAAAAGGCAGCGGAUGAGCUUCCUGUCAAGACAAUGGCAACGUCAAAUUCCAAGGGUGUGCAAGUCAAUGGUGUGAAUGGCGUCCGUGGCGGCCUGGAUGACGAAAAGGAAAGACCAAGCGAAAAAGAAAAUAGGCUUGUCAAUGGUGAACGGAGUGGGACAGCUACUCUCACCCAACGGAAGCAGCAGAAGAGUUCCGCUCUCAAAGUCAAAGACAACGACUACCCACCGCUUUACGAUGACGACGAACGGGAGGAUCGCCGACUGGACCGAAUUCAGGCCUAUCGAGCUGCCGGGAUCCGGUUCGCGCCGUGGAAUAUUCCUUAUCGACGCCGGAUGCAGACCGUAGCGGUUAUCAUCCACUGCCUUAGCAUCGCGUCGACGGUGUCGUUUUUCUUUUUCCUGUGCGCCAUCCCGAUCUUUUGGCCGCUGAUUAUCCCUUACCUGCUGCACAUGUCGCUGUCCAAAAACGCCACCGACGGGAGGUUGCGGAUGCGUUCUGAGCGCUGGCGAAGGCUGCCGGUUUGGAAGCUGUUUGGGGAAUACUUCCCUGCCAAGUUGCACAAGACACACGACUUGCCCCCGACGAGGAAGUACAUUUUUGGGUAUCACCCCCAUGGCAUCAUCUCCCACGGAGCGUUUGCUGCUUUUGCCACCGAGGCACUGGGGUUUUCGGAGAAGUUUCCGGGCAUCACCAAUUCACUGUUGACGCUAGAUUCCAACUUUAGGAUCCCGCUCUACAGGGAUUAUAUCCUCGCUUUUGGGCUUCAGUCUGUCUCCAAAGAGUCGAUAACCAACAUCUUGACCAAGGGCGGGCCGAACAACGAGGGGAUGGGCAGGGCGGUGACGAUUGUGGUUGGGGGAGCUAGGGAGUCGCUCGAGGCGCAGCCGGGGGUGAUGAAUCUGGUGCUGGCGGACAGGAAGGGGUUUGUCAAGAUGGCCAUUAGGACGGGAGCCGAUCUGGUGCCGGUGCUGGCGUUUGGGGAGAAUGAUCUGUAUGAUCAGCUUAGUCCGAAGACGCACCCUUGGUUGCACAAAGCCCAGAUGUGGGUGCUGAGGACGUUGAAGUUUACGUUGCCGUUUCUGCACGGGAGGGGGAUUUUCAACUAUGAUGUUGGACUGAUGCCGUACAGGAGGAGACUGAAUAUUGUGGUGGGGAGGCCGAUCAUGGUGGCGCAGAAGAGGGAGGGGGAGAUUGAGAAUGAGGAGGUGAACAGGCUGCAUAGCGAGUAUGUGGGGGAAUUGGAGAAGAUGUGGGAGAGGUAUAAGGAUGUGUUUGCGGCCGGCAGAAGGGGGGAGAUGAAUAUUUUGAAGUAG